AGGAGAAUGAGAUGUAUUACUGUCCUGCUGAAUAUUAUAAUCUAUACUCUAUGUUUGGCAAGAAAUUACAAUCUAAGAUUGUCACCAAUAUGCAUUGUGAAGGGCGACCGAGUAGAAAUGCCAUGUGCUCACUUCAAGGAGCGCCCACUUAAAAAGUUGUUGGAAGAAAGCUGGACUGAACAAGCAAUAAAUAAAACCGAACAAGGUGAUCACUAUGCAAACAUAUCGAUUUCAUUUGGUCGUAAAUACGACAUGAAUCCCGUACUGGUAAUGAUUCGAUAUGAAGACUCCCCUUUACCAGAAAAAACGUGGGAAAUUCACCCUGUAAGCAGGGAAAGAAUAGGGUUUCCUACUCUGGUAACUGUUGCUUUCGCUCCCACUUCAACAAAUCAAACAAGAUAUCAAAUACGAAGGAUCGUCAACCCUAGCAGAUUGGAUGAUCCUUUAUGCAAUAAAACAGAAACACACAGAGAAUGCAAAAACCUUAAAAACUCGGAUUUAUUCAUAAAGAAGACAAUGGGGAAUUCAUUAAGUCUUACAAUGUCAAGCGAAAUAGCUGCUAGCACAUUAACUGUAGAGGUUCUUUCAGCGCUUUGCAACAUCACUUGCCGAGGAGAUAUAAAUCCUUGUUCCAGUGUGGAAAUAAGAAAAGUACAAUGGGAAAAUCCUACUGAGGAAUUAAAAAUAUACAGCUCUGAAAACACUACAGACACUGUUUAUUAUUGUGCCAGGAUAUCUCCUGCUUACCAUGAAUGCUGUAUGAUUUACACUGAAACUGUUCAUCUUUCAUCAGAUUAUCCUCGAAGAAUAUCUGUUGCCUACAGUCAGAAAAUAUACUUACCCAAGUCAUUUAUAGUUUUAAGUAUUUCUGUUACCCUACUGAUAAGUAUUAUGUUCGCAGUAAGAAAAAUAUUUGGAGAUAGCAGCCAAAAAUGCUGGCCAUAUAACAAUAUCAGGCCACCUCAAAGUAUUGAAGAUGGUUUAUUAUAUAAUAGUCAUGACACGACUCCAUCAAAAAUUAGUACUACUCCUCCUCAUGUAUUUAUACAAUCAGUUGAAAUCCUGCUGAUUUAUCCGAGAGAAUCAGAUACACUAGAAAAAUUGAUGAUAAAAUUUAGAAAUAUUUUAUCCUUCUAUGUAACAAAAGUUUGGGAUCCAUUGGACGAUCAAGAAAUAGAAAAAGUGAGUGAAAAUCCGAAUAUGUGGCUAGAGAAUGUACUUAGUAGAAAUAAUGUAAAAGUUAUCUUAGUUGAGGAUAAUAAUAUUUCGGAAUGGUACGAGAGCUGUCUCAAUGGAGAGCCUACCUUCCAUUAUCACCAUUUAGAUGGGUUAUUUUUAUAUUCACUGAGUGUACUGCAUAACAACCCAUAUCUUUGCCAUGAUUAUCGGAAAUUAUUUAUUAUAAGAUUUUCCUCUUUGAAUACGAACGCUAAAAGUACUAACAUUGUACCAUGUACACGUUAUGAGAUCCCACGUAAUUUUAGUAAAUUAAUUACUGAUUUAGUUGGGUCCAGCGUUUCCUGUGUACAAAAUGAAUUCCAGCCUCCUCUGAAAGAGAUGGAAGAAUUGGAGUCAAUAAUUUUUGAAUAUAGACAAGAAAAGAGGACUCAUCAAGAGUAA